AUGGCUGGCUUCGUCGUCGCCGUUUCGGCGCUUCUCGCUGCUCACGCUGCUCUUGCGAACCCUGUAGGGUCACGUACGCCGUACCGCGUUAAGGAAUCGCACCACGUUCCUCGGGGAUGGAGACGGGUUCGUCGGGCGCCCGCCGACCAUGUCAUUGACCUGCAGAUCGGUGUUAAGCAGAGUAAUUUCCCCGAACUGGAAAGACAUCUAUACGAAGUUUCGGACCCGGAUCACCACCGCUAUGGUCAGCACCUGUCUGCCGAUGAGGUGAAAGAGCUAGUCAAGCCUACGGACGAGACUCUUGAUCUUGUCCACGAGUGGUUGGAAGCCAAUGGCGUUACUCCCUCAGGUUACAGUUCGGCUAAAGAUUGGAUUACUGUGUCUCUUCCGGUGAAGGAGAUUGAGCGCCUGCUCGACACAGAGUACCAUGUCUAUGAACACAAAGAGGGUGGUCUAGUGGCUCGGGCUCCUAAAUGGUCUCUUCCUCUUCACUUACAUGACCAGAUUGACACGAUCCAGCCUACCAAUUCAUUCUUCCGCGCCCGCGCCCAGAAGUUUGACCAUAUCGAUGCGCCUGUCUAUGUCGAUGCUGAAUACACGCCUCCUACUAAUGAAACUCUGAAUGCGGUUUGCGAUGUGAACUCGGUCACCCCGGAAUGCUUCCAGACUCUCUAUUCGACCAAGGGUUACAAGACCCACGCUUGCGGCAAGAACAAGAUCGGCUUCAAUAACUACCUCGGCGAGCACCCAAUUCGAACGGACGCGGAAUUGUUUCUAGCCAAAUACCGGCCUGAGGCGGUCUCUAGUGCACACGAUUUCCCGCAGAUCUCUAUCGCUGACGGACCUGGUGACCUCCCUCUGACGCCCGAAGAAGCUGAGUCGGGCACUUCUAAGGAAGCCAACCUCGAUGUCCAGGCCAUCGCAGGUAUUAGCUGGAAAACUCCCAUCAUCAGUUACUCUACGGGUGGAAGCCCCCCAUUUAACCCAUCCCCGAGUACUCCAGACAAUUCGAAUGAACCCUAUCUGGUGUGGGUGAACUACCUCCUCGACCAGGAGUCUUUUCCACAAGUCAUUAGGGCUACCUCGUAUGCCGAUGACGAGCAAACCGUCCCUGAGUCGUACGCUCGACGUGUCUGCCAACAGUUUGCGCAAGUGGGUGCCCGUGGUACCUCGCUACUCUUCUCUAGUGGAGAUAGUGGCGUUGGAUCGUAUGGAGAGUGCCUAAGCAACGAUGGGAAGAACACAACCAAAUUUCUCCCGGAGUUUCCGCCUAGCUGCCCCUACGUUACUGCGGUGGGUGCCACGAAGAAUUUCGAACCUGAGGUGGUAGCAUACAGACCAGCAUUUGUCGGUCCUGACGGUGUUUCUCACGGUAAUUAUACUAGCGGAGGUGGUUUUAGCAACUACUUCACAGCGCCAGCGUACCAAGCGAAACGUACUAGCAGCUACGUUGAGAGUUUGGACGGCCUAUACGAUGGUCUAUACAACAAGAAGGGUCGUGGAUACCCAGAUAUCUCGGCGCAGGGACUCUACUUUGCGUAUUUCUGGAACGGCACGGAAGGUACGAUUAGUGGUACAAGCGCCAGCUGCCCGCUGACUGGUGGUAUUAUCUCACUUGUGAACGACGCACUCAUCUCGACUGGCAAGCCCCCACUAGGUUUCUUGAACCCGUGGUUGUAUUCGAAGGGGUACAAGGGGUUGACGGACAUCACUAGCGGUAGUGCCGUUGGAUGUGGUGUCGACGGCUUCCCGGCGGUUGAAGGGUGGGAUCCCGUAACUGGACUAGGAACACCGGUUUUCCCAGAGCUCGUCGCGUUGGCGGGUGGGAAGCUCUUCUAUUAA